AUGGACCCAAAUGUAAGUGGUACUUCUUCUGGCAUUCCGACCUCUGGACCUACUUUUUCUGCACUUCACAGACUUCGUCGGAAAAGGAAGCCACCCCGCAUGAAGGAUCCUUUGGAUGACAUUCUUCUCAAGUUUCUGACAGCACAAAGAGUGGUGGAGGAACGCUUCCUGCAAAUGGAGGAACGAAGAAUGCAACGGGACAUGGAACUGGAAGACAGGCGGAUGCAGUUGGAACAACGUCGGAUGGAGCUGGAGAGGGAGCAUGAGUACAGAAUGUUCACCAUAUUUGCUCAGAUGGUGAAUGCACUGCGCAAUGGUGGCUCCACGCAGACCUUAGGCUUGGAUCUCUCUCAGGCCUUCUCGCAGUCUUCUGGUCAAGCUACAGGACCAGGCGGUCACCCAUCCUCCACUUCUGCCUCUAAAGAUGGAAACAGUAGAGUAACAUCGUAUCAGAGCAAAUCUCUGCCAAAUGGACUGAAAGAUGUCCUGUCCAAUGCAGAACAUAAUCCAACAUUCCAACAACCUAAAUCUAGCAUUUAUUUAUCAAAGAGAGGAAAUGAAAUUAAUUCCUUUGGAAUAAUUGAGGAGGGUUAUACUGCCUACCAUGCAGAUAAGCAUGAUGAAGAUAAGAACCCUAAUGGCUUUAUUAAUCUGGGAACUAGUGAGAACAAGCUGUGCUUUGACCUGCUUUCCGAAAGGUUGAUGCGGGCUGACAUUUAUCAGAUAGACCCUCCACUCUUGCAAUAUCCAGACUGGAAAGGGCAUGAGUUUCUUCGUGUGCAAGUGGGAAAGUUUUUGACAUACUAUUGUAAGGCACCAGUGCUCCUCAAGCCUGAGAAUAUAGUGGUGGUUAAUGGUUGUGGUUCUCUGUUUUCUUCACUGUCUGCUGUGCUGUGUGAUCCUGGAGAUAAAAUUCUACUACCUUCUCCAUACUAUGGUGUUAUCAAGGAUGAUAUAUUUUUCUACAGCGCAGUCAAACCACUACUUGUGCAUUUGGAGAGCAAAGUGACUGAUGAAGAAACACGUCCGUUUCAAUUAACAGUAGGAAAGCUUGAAAAAUCAAUGCAGAUUGCAAAGCUACAGGGUACCAGGGUCACGGCAAUGAUUCUGACAAAUCCCCACAAUCCCUUGGGUGAUAUUUAUUCUGCAAAAGAAAUGAAAGAGUUUCUUGAGUUUGCCAACAGAUACAAAUUGCAUGUAAUUGUGGAUGAAGUGUACAUGUUAUCGAUAUUUGGUGAUGUGGACUCAUUCCAAAGUGUCCUCAGCUUUGACAAGCUUCCUGAUCCACAGAGAACGCAUGUAAUGUGGGGAAUUAGCAAGGUAAAGAAUUUCAUUGGAACUAAUGUUAAAAUUUCUGUUUACGUCCACAGUGGAUUCCAGACCUACUUUUCAAGGAAGCAGAUUAGCAGGUUUAAGUUUGAAUAUCAAGCAUUAACAGUGAAGGAAUCAGCCAGAGACUGUCCCAGCAAUGUUAUUCUUUCCAUUAAAGGGAAGAAAAUAAGUGAGGUUGUUGAAUUGCUCGCUGAGCUGGCUGGUUUGCUCGCCGAGCAAGUCAUCAACCUCACCUCCAACCCGAGGUACAAAUCUUUGCUAAAACCUUACCCAGAUGCCUACUAUCUGCUCCGUGAGGAUGCCCUGCACGUGGGAGAAGCCAGCUAUGUUGGCAAAGCUCAGGCUACAGUAUUGACCUUGUCACAGGGAAAUGAGAUGAAAUGGUGUGAUCUGACACAAAUUACAUUGGUAACAGCUUUGAUACGUUUCUGGGUGAGGAUUCAGAGAUACCACACAGGACCCCAGUGGUUCCUUGGAAGCAGCUAG